AUGACGAACAACAGCCUGAGCAAGCUGCCUCCCGAGAUUCUCUCGGCGAUAAUUGAUUUGAUUGAAGACGAAUCUGGUUGGCGCGAAUAUCCAACCGAGAUCUUGGUCAACCUGCAACUAACUUGGAAGACCCUGGAACAAGCCUGUCACAAACGCUAUUUACUCUACUUUUAUGACUGGUAUAUCGAUCUGGAAAAGGAGAAAGGCUUGUCGAUAAUCAAGGCCGUACUCGCAAGCCCCGUUCAUAAGGCUGCUAUCGAGAAGAUAAACGAGGAGAACGAGGAGAAUGACGACGACGAGGAUGGUGAUGAAGGUGAUACAGGCUGA